AUGGCCGGCGGAAUCACCGUUCGCGAUGUCGAUGCGCAAAAGUUCAUCACUGCCUAUGCUGCUUUCUUGAAGCGCCAGGGCAAGCUGCCCAUCCCUGGUUGGGUUGAUACCGUCAAGACUGGUCCCGCCAAGGAGCUGCCUCCCCAGGACAUUGACUGGUUCUACGUCCGUGCCGCCUCCGUCGCCCGCCACGUCUACCUCCGCAAGACCGUCGGUGUUGGCCGUCUCCGCAAGGUCCACGGCACUGCCAAGAACCGUGGCAACCGCCCCAGCCACCACGUCGAUGCCUCCGGCUCCGUCGACCGCAAGGUCCUCCAGGCCCUCGAGAAGAUUGGCGUCGUUGAGCAGGACGAGGACAAGGGUGGCCGCCGCAUCACCCAGUCCGGCCAGCGUGAUUUGGACCGAAUUGCCCAGACCACCGCUGAGGCCGAGGAGGAGGAGGAUGAGGAGUAA